AUGGAAGGUGGAACUAAGAAUUGUUGGAUGUUUGCCAAAUGGAGCGAUGAAUAUGAACAAGGAGUCGAUGAAUAUGUCAAAAGGGCUUUUGCUAUUAAGUCUCAAGGAAAUCAAAUUUGUUGUCCCUGUCAAAUUUGUCAUUAUCGUUUUUGGCGGUGUGAAGGUGUGGUGAGAGACCAUCUAAUUUGUAAUGGUUUUGUUCCAAGAUCGGAUAAGUUAUCAGACUUAGGGUUCAAUAUCCAAAGAGAAGAAACUAUUUUGGAUAAUGAUGAAGGGUUAAUCCCAAAUAACUCUAGCGAUGACGUAGUGAGGUUGUUGCAUGAUGCACGUGAUGCUUUUAGAGAGGGGCCAAAUGAUGAGGCAAAAAAGUUUUUGAGGUUAGUUGAAGAAGGGAAAGAAGAAUUGUAUCCUGGUUCCAAAAAUCACUCAAAACUUUCCUUCAUGAUUCGACUUUUUAUUUUGAAGUGUGAUCAUAAUCUAACUAAUGCCGCAUUUGGAGAUAUAUUGGAGCUUAUAAGGGAGGUGUUGCCUGAUGCAAAGUUGCCAACUUCUUUCAAUGAAGCGAAAAGUGUUUUGAAAGUGUUGGGGUUGGAUUAUACAAAGAUUGAUGCAUGUCCAAACGAUUGCAUGAUAUAUUGGGAAGAGCAUGAAAAUGCAACAAGCUGCCAUGUUUGUAAAACACCAAGAUGGAAAUCAAAGGACAAAGAGGAUGACAUAGAAAAUGGUAAAGGAAAGACCUAUAGGAUUCCUCAAAAGAUUCUUAGGUACUUUCCGAUAAAUAAAAGGCUUCAACGACUAUUUAUGUGUCAAGAGACGGCGAGAUACAUGACUUGGCAUGCGGAUGGGCGUGAAAAUGAUCAUCUUUUACAUCAUCCAGCUGACGGUCAAGCUUGGAGGGAAUUUGAUUCCUUGUACAAAGAGUUUUCUGAUGACCCGCGCAAUGUGAGGCUAGGACUAGCCACAGAUGGCUUCAGCCCGUUCAACUCAAUGAGUAUUGUACAUAGUACUUGGCCAGUUAUGUUGAUCAAUUACAACUUGCCUCCUUGGAUGAUUAUGAAGCCUGAGUAUUUGAUGUUAGCACUACUAAUUCCGGGUCCUUCUUCCCCAGGCAAUGACCUUGACAUAUAUUUGCAACCACUAAUGAAGGACUUAAAGGAUUUGUGGGAGUUCGGACUGGAAACUUAUGAUGCUUCGAGUAACCAGAGGUUUCACAUGCAUGUAGCAUUGAUGACUACCGUGAGUGAUUUUCCUGCUUACGCGAUGUUAUCUGGUUGGAGCACAAAAGGAUACUUGGCGUGCCCUGAGUGUCAUUAUGAAUUAGAUUCUGAGUGGUUGCCUUAUAGUGCUAAGAAUGUGUAUAGGGCAAAUCGUAAAUUUCUACCUCCAUUUCACCCUUGGCGUCGUGAUAAGAGGAAUUUUGAUGAGAAAGUUGAGGAAAGACAUCAACCUACUCCAUUGAAUGGAAUUGAUGUAGCUAAUCUGUUGCGUGAUUUUCCAAAUGAAUUUGGAAAGAAGCAAAAGAAACCAAGGCGUGAUGUUGAUGAUCCGAAUCCGUGGAAAAAGAGGGUCAUUUUCUUCGAGUUACCAUAUUGGAAGCAUUGUCUUAAUCGUCACAACCUCGAUGUAAUGCAUAUUGAGAAAAAUGUGUUUGAUAGUGUCAUUGGGACAUUGUUAGACAUUUCUCAAAAGACCAAGGAUCAUGUGAGUGCUCGUCGAGAUUUGGUAGAGCUUAAUUUGAUGCCGGAGCUUCAACCAAGAGAAUUGGAAGAUAGUGGCGAAGAAUUUCCAAGAUCCCGCUUUUGGAUGUCAUUGGAGCAAAAACGUAAGUUCUGCCAAGUCUUCAAAAAUGCCAAACUUCCUCAAGGCUAUGCUUCUAAAAUUGGUCGAUGUGUACAAGUUGGGGAAAGGAAAAUUGCAGGCUACAAAAGCCACGAUGCACAUUUUAUGAUGAAUUAUUUGCUCCCAAUUGCAGUGAAGACAACAUUAUCCAAAGAUGUUGCUACUCCUUUGAUUAGACUUUGUGGUUUUUUUAAAAGUAUAUGGAGUAAAACUGUUGAUCCUCAACAUCUUGAAAAAUUGCAAUAUGAGAUAGUUGAAACAUUAUGCCUACUUGAGAGGAUUUUUCCACCUGCCUUUUUUGAUAUAAUGGUACAUCUACCUCUACACUUGGUGGGCCAAAUUAAGUUGGGUGGACCUGUAAGUUCAAGGUGUAUGUAUGGGAUUGAGAGGUAUCUUCAUGGACUGAAGCAAGAUGUUCGAAAUAAAGCUCGUCCAGAAGGCUCAAUGGCAGAAGGAUAUCUAGCUAAAGAAUGUGUUGCCUUUGUAGCUAGAUUUUUGAAUGGAUCAAACUCGGCCACACCUCAAGUUAAUGCUUGUAGUCCAUCACAAUCAUUUCUUCCUAAGGUAGUACGUCCAAUAAAAGGGAAAGGAAGGACAUCAAAGAAAAAAGACCGUGAACACAUACUUGAUCACAAUCAAUGGGUACAAGCGCAUCGUUAUGUCUUGUUCAAUUGUGACUGCGAGGAAGUUGAGAAAUAUAUAAGUGAGCACAAGGAAUUUGUAAGCGCUAGAGGAAAAAGAAAAUGGAAUAGUGUUCAAGAUCACAGCAAGGAUUUUGUGGAUUGGUUUAGGGAGAAAGUUGAUUUCAUUGUUGACGAGGGUCAAGAGAUCAUCCCUAACAAUAUCAUAUGGUUAUCAAAAGGGCCUUCUUACAUUGCUAAAAAGUAUACAUGGUACUCAGUCAAUGGUUAUAGGUUCCAUACCAUGAAGCGCGAUGCUAAUUGUGUAACUCAAAAUAGUGGAGUCACUCUAACGGCCAUGACACAUAGCUUUGCGAGUUCCAAAGAUCAAAAUCCUUUUGAGGCUAAUACGAUGAUGAGCUUGUAA